AAACAAUUCUAACCUAUAUAUUAGCAGCUUUAGAGUGACUUCUGGAGGCAUGCUGAAAAUAGGUUUUAUUCUCUUACUUAGCACAGCACUGGUGCUCAGUAACACUGCUAAAUCUUCAGCAGGAUGUGGAGAUGGGAAGGUGAGGGGAGUGAAUCUAGGAGGUUGGCUGGUUCUUGAACCUUGGAUCACACCAAAGUUCUUUGAGGAAGUUAAUGAUGGUGGAGAUAAGAUUGUGGAUGAAUACACCUAUGCCCAAUACUUGGACCCUGCGGUGUACAAGGAACGCAUGGUCAAACAUUGGGAUACUUUCUACACUAAAGAGGAGUUUGCUAAACUAGCAGCCUCUGGAAUAGAGAUUCUCCGUAUUCCUAUUGCAUACUGGUAUUGGGAUGUUAUCGAAGGGGAACCAUUUCCUCAACCUAACAUGGACGAUAUGGACCCUGAGAGUCCUUUGUUUUACCUGCGCCGAGCUCUGGGCUGGAUGGAAGAAUAUGGACUUAAAGCAAGUUUUGACCUUCACACUGGACCUGAAUCUCAGAAUGGAUAUGAUAACAGCGGUAGAAGGGGAGAAAUCCACUGGGUGGAUGGAUCUUAUCCUGGAAACAGGAUGAACUUGGACAGAACUGUGAGUAUUGUGGAUCAGUAUGCACAGACCAUCAGGAACUGGGUUGAUUCUGGUGUUAUCAGCAUUGAUACCGUUUACGGCAUUGGAAUCCUGAAUGAGCCACAUGUCUGCGGGGGAUGGAACUUUGAUGGAGUUCUUUGGCCAGCCUGUAUAGAUGAUUUCUACCCUAAAGCCCAUGAUGCUGUGAGGAAACACUUCAGCGGAGAGGAAGCAAAGGUUGUUGUUGAUGUUGCUGGACGAGCUCUAAGUGAUUUUGAUGGACAGCUUACUGGGGGUGAUGUUGAUAUUGAUGCUCAUAACUAUCAGUGUUUUGGUGGAUACUGGAAUGAGGUGGCAUUAUCUGCUGAUGGAUGGGGUACUCAUAUUUCUGCUUCCUGUCAAAUACAGAAUGAUCUAGCUACCAGCUCUCUACCAGUUUGGGUUGGAGAAUUCUCUCUAGCUGUCACAGAAUGUCAGAAAUAUUUGAGUGGAGGUUACCAGGUUGAAUACCAUCCUCCAGAUAGCCCAGAUUAUCUGUGCGAUUAUUACAAUUCUGAUUUCUCUACCUACUCUGAACAGUACAAGGACUUCCUCAAACAGUUUUUCCUUGCUCAGAUUGACAGCUUUGAAUCAGCGGCUGGAUGGGUGUUUUGGACUGCUAAGACUGAAGAUCACUGUGCUCCAGAAUGGGAUUAUCUGUUCCUUCUGGAGAAUGGUAUUGUUCCUGCAGAUCUCUGUAACAGAGACACUAUUUGUUGAAUAAUUUCAAAUAUAUCUUUAUAGAACAA